AUGGAGUCACCGCCGCAAUCGAAUUUACUCCCCGAAGUUGAUUCAUUGCCCGACGGAUUCGUCGACGGAGCUGCAGAGCCACCGCCUCUCAUUUCUCCGGCGGCCGAGGAAGAAAACCGCAUCGCAACAAACAAUCAAACCGUCGAUCUCUCGAUUGAGAAAGCAGAGAAGCUCAGGACUUUCCCUGUUCCGCUCUGUGAAGAAACAGAUGGUAAUGACGACGACGACGACGUAAAUGACCUAAUUCAAGUCUCGAGCAAGCUUAGCUUAGAGCAGAAAGAAGAACCUUCUACUCCUCCUCUUGUUGUUUGCCAAACAUUAGCAUCAGAAUCACAAGGGUCAUCACAAAAUCCAAGCUUUUCCAAGGACAAUGAAGUGACUCAGAGUUUGGAUUCGCUCAAACCCAAGAAACAAGAGGCAGUUGAGAGCAAGCGUAAGGGAUCAAAGAAUGUGUUCAAAUCAGAGAAAGAGUUUUUAGAAUUCAUGCUCAAGUAUCAGCAAGUCCUUACUGAGAGAGAUUCUGCUGUUACUGUUCGUGACAAGCUCGAGUCGCUUUGUAGAGAGUUGCAACGUCAGAACAAAAUGUUGAUGGAAGAAUGCAAGCGAGUGUCUACUGAGGGACAGACUUUAAGAUCAGAUCUAUCGACAAAGUUCCAGGAUGCAAUAAAGGAUGUGAGCAUUAAGUUGGACGAGCAGAAAGAUGAAAGCCUCACACAACUAAAAGAAAAUGAGAUGUUGAGGACGAAGUUGAAGCACCUGGCUGAUCAAUAUAUGCUUUCAGAACAACAACAUGAGCAAAGAUUGAAGCAGAAAACGCUCGAGCUACAGAUUUCUGCUUUGAAAAUCAAACAGCACGAGGAGAAACUGAUCCAUGAACAAUCUCAGAUGAAAGUUUACGCGGAUCAAGUGUCUCAGCUUUUAGCAACUGAGAAAAACUUGCGGUUGCAGCUAACAUCUGAUGGAACCAAAUUCCAGCAGUUCCAGGACGCGUUGGUGAAGAGCAAUGAGGUGUUUGAAACAUUCAAACAAGAAAUCGAAAAGAUGUCAAAGGCAAUCAAGGAACUCAGGAAAGAAAACGCAUUCUUGAAGAGCAAAACCGAGAAAUCUGAUCUUUCUCUCAUAGAACUAGUUGAAGAGCGUGAGAGAUUGAAGAAACAGUUGGAGAAGACAAAGAAUCAGAAAGAUAAGCUUGAAUCGCUUUGCAGAUCUCUUCAAGCUGAAAGAAAGCAAAAAGAAACUAACAGUACUAGUGGCGAUUCUGCUCAAGCUUGA